CGGCCGCCAUGUUGGCUGGUGUGUGGGUGUCAAACGGAGCUGGACGCGGCGGCGGCUGCGGCGGCGGCUCCGCAGGCUCCGGUCGCUCCCGCCUCCUCAGCGCUGGCGGCGGCCGCAGCCGCGCACCCGGGCGGGCUCGGAGGAGCGGAGGUCAUGGCUUCUGGCUUCUCGGACCCGAGGCUCCAGCGGAGGACAUGACUCUCAGGGAUCCUACUCCAGAUCUGUUGCGGAGACUGAACCUUCGCAGGGCGCGAACUCGCCCAGGACAGGAGAAUCUCUCUCUCUGAAGGGCUCUACGAUUGUCGCCAAGAAAAGUAACGAUGGCGACUUCGUCUAUCCGACGGCAAAUGAAAAACAUCGUGAACAAUUACUCGGAAGCGGAAAUAAAGGUCCGGGAAGCCACCUCCAAUGACCCGUGGGGCCCGUCCAGCUCCCUGAUGACGGAGAUCGCGGACCUGACCUACAACGUGGUGGCCUUCUCCGAGAUCAUGAGCAUGGUGUGGAAGCGGCUCAACGACCACGGCAAAAACUGGCGGCACGUGUACAAGGCGCUGACGCUGCUGGACUACCUCAUCAAGACGGGCUCCGAGCGGGUGGCCCAGCAGUGCCGCGAGAACAUCUUCGCCAUCCAGACCCUGAAGGACUUCCAGUACGUGGACCGCGAUGGCAAGGACCAGGGCAUCAACGUGCGCGAGAAGUCAAAGCAGCUGGUGGCCCUGCUCAAGGACGAGGAGCGGCUGAAGGCCGAGAGGGCCCAGGCUCUCAAAACCAAAGAGCGCAUGGCCCAGGUCGCCACCGGCAUGGGGAGCAACCAGAUCACCUUCGGCCGCGGCUCCAGCCAGCCCAACCUCUCCACCAGCUACUCGGAGCAGGAGUACGGCAAGGCCGGGGGCUCGCCCGCCUCCUACCAUGGCUCGCCCGAGGCCUCGCUGUGCCCCCAGCACCGCGCAGGGGCCCCGCUGGGUCAGAGCGAGGAGCUGCAGCCGCUGAGCCAGCGCCACCCCUUCCUGCCGCACCUGGGGCUGGCCUCCCGCCCAAAUGGCGACUGGUCCCAGCCCUGCCUCACUUGUGACCGCGCAGCCCGAGCCACCUCCCCGAGGGUGUCCUCUGAGCUGGAGCAGGCCCGGCCCCAGACAAGUGGAGAAGAAGAGCUGCAGCUACAGCUGGCCCUUGCCAUGAGCAGAGAGGUGGCGGAGCAGGAAGAGCGCCUCCGGCGGGGUGAUGACCUCAGAUUACAGAUGGCCCUAGAAGAGAGCCGAAGAGACACAGUUAAAGUUCCCAAAAAGAAAGAGCAUGGCUCCCACCCACAGCAGACCACUCUGUUGGAUUUAAUGGACGCCCUCCCCAGCUCGGGCCCUGCUGCCCAGAAAGCAGAGCCUUGGGGCCGGUCAGCCUCAGCCAACCAGACGAACCCCUGGGGCGGGCCGGCAGCCCCAGCCAGCUCUUCAGACCCCUGGCCGUCGUUCGGUGCCAAGCCAGCUGCCCCCGUCGACCCAUGGGGAGUGCCCACCGGAGCCAGCAUACCCUCCGUCUCCAAGGGCUCGGACCCCUGGGCAGCCCCACAGCAGCAGGCCCCCAGUGCUGGGAAAACGGCCGACGCCUGGGCCGCAGCCUCGGCCGCCAAGCCUGUUUCGGCCACUGGGGCCUUUGAUCUCUUCAGUAAUUUGAAUGGUACAAUUAAAGAUGACUUUUCUGAAUUUGACAACCUCCGAACUUCAAAAAGAACAGCUGAGGCGGUGGCCUCUCCACCGUCCCAAAACAACGGAACUACGAGCCCCGACCCCUUUGAGUCUCAGCCCCUGACCGCCGCCUCGAGCAAGCCCAGCAGCUCCCGGAAAACCCCCGAGUCCUUCCUGGGCCCCAACGCGGCCCUGGUGAACCUGGACUCGCUGGUGACCAGGCCAGCCCCGCCGGCCCAGUCCCUCAACCCGUUCCUGGCACCAGGUGCAGCCGCAGCCUCGGCCCCUGUCAACCCCUUCCAGUGCCCGGGCCUGGGACCCACCACAGAGCGAAUGCCCAGAGCACCUGUGCCUGAGGACGCCCAGCAGGGACUCGAUUGCAGAAGGGGGGGGUGGGUGUUAGGGCUUUCCACUUCCGGCUUCCUGAUAAAAGGGUUGCCUCCACGGCCCCGAUCCUCAGACUCGAGCGGCGGCCGGCCUGCUAGACGUCAGACCCGGCACGCGGGUCUCCGCGCCUUCUGAGGCCGCCGCUCGCCCGUCCCUGGCCUGUAGCCCGACCCUGCCCGGUCGCCUCCCCGCGUCCCCCCCACCCCCCACCCCGAGCGUGAGGUCCCGGCUCCUGUGGAGAUUGGCCAGCUCUCUGGGGCCUUGGACGAGGGGGUGGGAGUUGUCCGUGUGGCCCUUGCCCUGAACCUCAGCCCGAGGGCCUCUGGGACGCUGCCUGGCCCGGGCCUUGGGACAGCCACCGUGUCUUUGCCCCUGACCUCCAGCCCUAGCAGGACCCAGGCAGUCCCAGGUGUGGACGGAAUGAAGCACCAGCUCCAUGAGACGCUCACCUUUUGGGGACGUGGUUGUGCAUAUUUUAUUUUCCUUUGACUCGUGUGUGAGUUCAAAGUAACCGCCACCACCGUGGAACAACUCGAAUUAAAUCCACUAGAGCAAGCUUUAAACUAAUCUGAGCAUAACCCCGCCACGUGGCUCUAUGCUUGUAUACGUUUGCACAUAUUUUGUUUAGUACAGUUUCAUAUUUGAGUUUGCAGAAUUAUCUAAUAGUCUUUUUUUGGCUAAUAUUUUUAUAACGUGGUUCUUAUUUAACUGUCUAGUUUUGAUAGAAUUUACCAGGUCUGGCUCAAUUAAGAUAUUGGCACGUGUCAUGUUAGUGGUUUACAUCCUCUUAUUUAUGGUUUUAACUCUAAGAAAAUUUAAAUAGGAAGAGACAAAAAAAAAAAAUGCCUUAUGGAAAAACUAAAGCAGAUUCUUUAUAGGGAAAAAUAUGGGAAUUUGAUUACACAUAAAAGAUGGUGUUUAUUUAAAAAAAAACAAAACCUACAACAGCAACAACGACAACAUCCCAGCCUCCAGUUGCCUUUUCCUUUCUUUCACUCCCUUUUUUCGGUGACCUCCCAAACUGAUUGAUGUGUAGCCUUUUGGGCUAGAUCCUGAGAGAGGCUAUUUUCCUUACCAAUACCCCACCGUCGAGAAAGUUAAAGAAAGAAAAAAAAAUCCAGUGUAUGAAUGUGACUCACCAGUUUGUAUCGGCUAAUUCCCUUUUGUAACGGAAGGCACGCGCAGAUCGACGAGGACUUCCGUUUGCAGUAGAAAUCUGGAACGGAAGAGGCGUCUUGAACCUUGUGUCUGUGAUCUCCUCUGUCUUAAUCCGCACUCAGGGUGAAGAUGGGGACGGCGUGGAGAUGGCGGGUGUCCGGGGGUGCCCGUGGCUCCCUGGGGACAGCCUCCGGGCCCAGAGGGGUGAGGGACCAGGGCUGGCCCUGACCCACCCGGCUGCGAACCCCAGACACACACACUGCAGACUUAAAAAUAAUCAUCUCUUAUUUUGGAGAGGAGGGGGAACAAAAAAAGUCCUUCUCACACAAGAGAUUUUUAACAAACGUGCACUAAUCUCACCCCCCCCCCCUCCUGCUUCCCCCCGCCCCCCACCACUGUAAGAAAAGUAUGAAGUCAUGAAAUAAAGACCAGAAAGGAUGCGCUUCUCCCCAGGGAAGGGACCCCGCCCCCCACCCCCCAAUCCCGCGUCUGGUCAGCCUGCCUGGCGGGCGUCCCAGUCUUCCUUUCCGCCCUGGACUUUUCGACCCCGACCCCGAGGGCAGCGGACCCCGCCCCCGGCCAUCCUCCGCCCCCUCGCCGGUUCCAGGAGGAGAUGUGACCCUGAGCACCGCCCUGAGAGCCGUAAGAUGCCCGGUGGCGAGCGGGCGGAGUCAGAAUCGCCUUCUCAGGCCACUGCUGUUUGCUAUUUUUACAAGCUCACCGUGCUGCUCCGAGAGGCCGUCCUCCGGCCCCAGGAGCCACCGCCAGAGCUCCUAACCGGCCACACCUCGGCCAGAGCCGGAGGCCUGGGGCUGGACCGCGGGCCCCGGCGGCGUCUGGCCUCUUCCGACCUGGGGGAGGGGCCUCUGCAGGCCGCUUCCCCAGGGAGGUGCUUUCACUCGUAUGGUGCGAGCCCGGACCCCGUCACAGGCCAGCAGACCAAACCUGACUACUUGGCCAGUGAUUCUUGGUCACAGUCAAGACCCCUUCCUGACGUGACUUUGAGGCCCCAACAUGGUAGCCACUGGGCCACCGAGGCCCCAGGAGACCCCCGUCCCUCCCCGCCUCCCGGCCCAGGCCCGUCCCAGGCGCCUCGUCCCUGUUGCCUGCUGCACUGAUCAUGAAGCCACCGGCCGCUGCCACACGUGUAACACACAUGCCAUCACGCCCCCUCCUGAUGGGCACCGUGGUAGGGGUGUCACCCAGCCCUUUUCUCAGUCCCAGGGGCCGGUGGCUGGUUUCGAACUUGUGUUGACUAUUGAUACUUAUUUACUGUACAAAUAUAAUUUAUCAUUUGUAUCAUGA